AUGGCAGCAGGAGACGGAUUUAAUGUUGAUGAACUCAACUGUGCUGACCCCUCGACCCACUCCUCCAUCAAAAAAGAUGAUGGAUAUGUGAAUAAAUCCAUCGCUUCUCUUAAGCCAGGUCACUCCAAUGUAUCUAUCAGUGGAAGGAUUGUCAAUCUUUACUACCGAGAGACUGAUUCUAAAGCGGAUGAGGUCAAAAAAAUAUUAAGCAUCAUCGUCAAAGACAUAGACGGUGUGAUUGAGGUAAAAUACGAGGUACCGUCAACCCUGGAUGCCAACAGAAAUGAAGCUGGCUUUUAUCUCGGACGAUUGUGUAGGGUAUACACUACCGAAGUCUUUGCUCUAGAUCCUCGGUCCCUUCAGAGCUCACCAGCAGGAAUGUCUUACUACAUCAAAGUUUUAGAGACAGACUACACUUCACAAUUUGGAUUCCUUGAAGAAGAUGACACACUGUUUAGGACACCAAUCAGCUGUACCUUGAGAAGCAAAGGGGAGGAAUUCAUGCCGCUGAGAACCUUUUUAGAGAUUGGGCCCCGGAUCCAGGGAGUUAUGGCGCUGGUUUGCAUUAAGGCAAUUUAUUACCGAAGAAUACUUUCAAAGAUUGAUGGAAGAUUACUUAAUAAAGUUGAUGUCGUUGUCUUUGACGACACUUGCGACAGCAGAUUGACUAUGUGCGGAGCAAUUUCAUGUUCAGCAAGAACCUGGAUUCUCCUCAUAACAUCUGCCCAUACUGAAGUAUGGGAAGAUAAGUGCCAUCUCAUAGUCAAUCGCGCCACAACGAUCGAUGUCAACCCAGCCACUGAAGCUACAGCACGACUGCGUGCUUACGCUCAGCUCAUCAAGCCACCUACAUUCAUCUCGCCUCAGUUUCCCGUAGAUCAGGUUUUUGACUGGGAGAGAGAGUUAAAUAGUACCAACAACGUUAGCUGCGAAACCCCCGUCUUUACAAAUGAACUCCAAGUCGAAUGUAUAAGAUGCAACGAGGAAGUCCCAAAUCUACUCCCUAAUCGUGAUAUUAUCGGACUUGUCACCGAUGAAACUGGAUGCCUACCUGGAAACAAGGCACUAUUUUCUCAUCGUUCUUGGAGUAGUUUCUUUGGCUGCUCAGUUGAAGAGCUGGCUAGGGGAGCGAGCAUCGAUAACUUUCGAGACUUUGAACAGAGAAAUCUCUUCACCAGACUUACCAUGAUCUUUGGCUUAGAUCCCAAAAUUGAGGGGAUUUCAAUUUGGGACAAAGGCUGUAACAAACCUUUACUUUGCGGGCCGUUGGUUAAGGGGCAUAUGCUUUCAAGAAUUAAUAGUCAAUAUCCGGCGAGCUUCUAA